AUGGCAGAACACAGGCUUUUCAUGCUUUCCUUGCUGUGGCUCUUUGUGUUGGUGCAGCCGGCUUUGCCCUUCGAUCAAGUGCCUGCAGUGCUGGACAGAAGCUUGGAAGUCCCAUCAUAUCAAUCAAUCAGAAUCAGACCAGAUGGAGUAGGCAUCGAGAGUUCAAGUGUCUCGCAUGAGGAAAGUUAUUCACCUGCAGCUGAAAAUCCACUCAAAAAAAUCUUGCAGCCUUAUGGAUGGCAUUUGCAUACACAGCCCAGAACUAAACGGAAGUUACUUCAGUCUACGAGCUCGGGGCCGUACUCUCCUCUGAGUGUAGCGUUUAAUGACAAAAUCUGUAUCCUGUUCAAGGCCAAAAGGCUGGCCAUUCGCUACAGAAACAACACUUUCCUGGACCUGACAGAAAGAGUGUUUGGACCCAAUGCUUCUGUAGACACCAAAGGCUCAGUAUGCACCAAAGAGAAUGCCACUCUUUCUCUACGCCUGGGAGAUGUAGAGGAUAUCAAGGGACUUGUCAUUAGGCUCCAAAUGUCAAACACCUUCUAUGAGUCAGUAGGUCAGAACUGGUUCACUUUGGACAGCGUCCACAUUCACUACAACUGGACCCACGAAGCCACUUUCAAUGCCACAGAGGUCUAUGCUCCUGCCACCUACUCAUUCCACUGCCAGCAUGUCAGCAGCCUACAGAAAUAUGACACCUUACUCGUGCCCAGCUCCCACACAGACAGUUCGGGAAACUGGCACAUCACUUUUACCGACUUUCAGAUCCAGGCUUUUAACGUGCAGUCCAACAAAUUUGCCUCAGCCAGAGACUGUGCCACCUUGUUUACCCCAGCCAUUCUGAUGGGACUCAUUACCUCACUGAUUUUGCUGUUGGUACUGGCCUACGCCCUGCACAUGGUGGUCCAUCUCAAGCACAUCGAUCGCUAUGAGGAACACAAGACCACUGUCUAUUUCCCACGUAUGCCCAAUGCUGAGCUCCCUGAGAAGAACAGUGUGUAGGGGCAGUGGUGCCACCAUGGGGCAUCUAUGGACCAAUCACAGAUUUCUAAAAGACCAGCGAGAACCUAAGAAAGAGGAUUGCCUUUUGUGAUUCUGGAUGGCUGCACCGUACUCUAAGUC